UUCCUGGCUUCUCCAAAAAAAAAACAACCAGACAGUGCAGGGUUACAUGAUCUGCAGUCAGACAGAGACUAAGUUUAAUCUUCAACCACAUAUCAGAAAGCAGCAGAGCUGCUCCGCCUGGUCGGACACUGAGGAAUGGCGCUGUUUGUACUCGGAGGACGUUUCUUUAAAUGCAGAUCUGGCGUAAAGAGAGUCAUGACAGCGAUCCAUCCCUACUGCUCCUCAGUGGCCUCAGGCAAGCAGCAUGUUAAUGGAGUGGAUCUGUUCUACGAGCAGACAGGCAGCGGGAACCACGCUGUGUUGUUGAUUCCUGGUGCUCUGGGGAGCACGCGGACUGAUUUUGGACCCCAGCUGAAGUCUCUGAAUAAGGAACGUUUCACCAUAGUGGGCUUGGAUCCUCGCGGUUAUGGACAAUCCCGUCCUCCAGACAGAGACUUCCCCCCUGACUUCUUUGAGAGAGAUGCAAAGGAUGCAGUGGAUCUGAUGAAGGCACUGGGGUUUGGAAAGUUCUCUCUGCUGGGGUGGAGUGAUGGAGGAAUCACCGCUCUGAUUGCAGCAGCAAGGAACCCGGACGUGAUUAACAAGAUGGUUGUAUGGGGAACCAAUGCCUUUGUGUCCCAUCAGGACCUCAAGCUUUACGAUGCGGUCCGUGAUGUCUCCAGGUGGAGUGCUAGGAUGAGGCAGCCCAUGGAGGAGGUGUAUGGAGCAGAAGUCUUUGCUAAAACCUGGGAGGCCUGGGUGGAUGGGAUCGCACAGUAUGCAAAAAACCCCGAAGGAAGCAUCUGCCUGGAGCUUCUGCCCCAAAUCACCUGUCCAACCCUUGUCAUUCAUGGAGAGAAAGACCCCAUGGUGCCCAGCAUCCACCCACAGUACCUCCUCAAACACAUCAAGAGAUCCCAGUUACACCUGAUGCCGGAGGGUAAACACAAUCUCCACCUGAGGUACGCUGAAGAGUUCAACAAACUAGUGGAAGACUUUCUGGAAGACUGAGCAAUUAAUUAACACUGUGAAAUAACAACUGAUUUGGCUAUUUACACCAAAGACUUAAUUUGGUUGAUUUUAUUGAAUGGUAUUGAUUAUUUUAUUUCUACACUGUUUUCACGAGGCAUCAAUUGUUGAAUAUUUUGCAUUAAAUUUUCAAUAUUAUUUUUUUCUACAAUUGAAAAUUUUAUGAAGCAGGAAGGUGAAUUAUUUUGUCAUGUUAUGUAAGUCAGUAGCAUUUUCUAUAACUGGGGGCUAAUGAGUCUGACAUUACAGUUACAUAACUUUAAAUAGGCAGCUGCUAAGGUCGUAUGAAACACAGUUCCAAUCAAGUAAAAGUAAAAUGUCUGCAGCUGCUCACUGCUGCUCACAAAAACAAACACUAAUGCAAAGCUAUAUAACCACAUCGAUCAUUGUAACACCACAAAACUGAGGUUGCAAUAUUGUUAAAUGUCACUAAGAGUAGUUUUUAAUUUUGUCACUCACAAAGCAUCUUAAAAUAAGGGAUGAAAAGGCACUAACAUGAGCUGCAGACUUUGGUGAUUACAAGACUGUUAAUGAUUUCAAAUUGAAAAUGAUUUAUCAGCAUUAAUAAAAUUAUUUCUUACAACUUAA